CUAGCCUUGAUAUACUCUCACUCGAACGUUCUCCUCAUCUCCCUCAGCCAGCGCCAUGCCCCACAUCGUCCUGCACCACCUGAACCAGUCGCGCUCCGAGCGCAUCUUCUGGCUGCUCGAGGAACUGAACCUCCCGUACGAGGUCAAGGUCCACUUCCGCACGCCGGAGGGCCGCGGCCCGCCGUCGCUCAAAGACGUCUCGCCGGUCGGCAAGGCGCCCGCCGUGACGGUCGACGGGCGCGUGCUCACCGAGUCCGGCUUCAUCGCGCACUACCUCCUCGCGCACCUGUCGCAGCAGUCCGGCAACGCCGACCUCGAAAGCCCGGCGAGCGACGACAGCAUAUUCUGGUCCCACUUCGCCGAGGGCUCGCUCAUGCUCAACCUCCAAGCGGCCGUCACGGCGAUGCGGGUGCAGCAAGGCUUCGCGGCUUACCGCUCGCUCUACCUCCUCCUCUUCUUCCAGCGGGGCGCGAGCGCGCUCUCCGACUUCCUGCAGAAGAUCGCGCAGAACAACGUCCGCCCGAUGCUCGGCGAGGCCGAGGCGUUCCUCGAGAAGCACCGCAACUUUUCGGGCUCGGACAAGAUCGGCGAGGGCGAUUUCUUGAUGUUCUACCCGCUCCACAGCAUCGCCAAGGGCGCGCGCAAGGGCCAGUAUGAGGUCGGCGACGCGACGAAGCGCUGGAUCGACAGCGUGCUCGCGCGGCCGGCGUACCAGCGCGCUGUGGCGCGUAUGGAGGAGGAGGAGAAGGCGCAGAGGGCUAAGCUUUAGGCUGGGGUGUACAAUACUUUGACUGAGAAGACAGGCUGAUGGCUACAUAUGUACACUGCUACAACGG